AGGGGAGUUUGUGGUGCGUCUGAGGGGAGAGAGCAAUAGCGCCACCACCAAAUCAUCACCUAGCCUCUUCCAGAGACAGGCCUCCACUCAGAUAAAGACUUCCAGCAUCUCUGUUACGGCCCAGGCUGACAGUACUCUAGAACCCGGUUCUACCAUCUCUGUCCCCUUCACCGUGGCAAUGGCCAACGGAACAGGAGGAGCUUUUACCGUCCGAGCCACGAACGACCGCGGCUUCACUUCCUCCUUCCCCGCCAGUGUCUCCAUUGUGACCGGAGAGGGAGUGGCCAACGGUACGGUGACUCUCACGGCGCCCGCCAGCACCCCAUCGGGAACGGACGUCACCUUGACCAUCGAGGCAGAGUCCGCUGGAGCAGCAGACUUGAACUACGUCAUCCUGCGUCUCUCUGUUGUCAGCAAGAUGACAGAUUUCACUCCUCCCCAGUGUGGGGUGGUCAGCGUCUCGUCCAACUGCCCGGCUGACUGCGGUGCCUCUUACUGGCAGCUCUCUGCCAACCUGACCGAUGGUGCCAACGGGACUGGCAUCGACCGAGUCACCCUGCGCCAGGGCAACGGGACCCUGAACACUUCUACAGAGGUGGGCAUCGGGGGCGAGAACGUGACCCGGAUUGAGUACAGCGCCACCUGCUGUUCAAAGAGGGUAGAGCUAGUGGUAGUUGACAGGGCAGGCAACGUGGGUGUGUGUCUGGGCUCAGUAAAGGACUCUGUGGGGGUGGUUGUGAACUCUACAGCACAGGCCUCUGUCACCAACACUACAGCUGUACCUGUAGUUAGUACUGCAUCUACUGGAGGGCCACCUUUGACUCUGUCCCUGUAUCUAAGGAUCUGUGUGAUGCUUUCUCUCCUCCUGUGGAAUAGAGUAGAGCUGUAGAGUUGUAUAAUAGUUCAUGUAGGUAGAUGUCAUGUGGAGCAGUAGAAUCAUUGCAAAGAGAGUCAAGUCAUCAGACAUUACCGGUAUGUAUAUGUUAUGUUGUACAAAAAGACAGGGUGGAAAUGUGUAAUGAACUCUGUCAUAAUACACUGUGGGAACUCUGUCAUAAUACACUGUGGGAACUCUGUCAUAAUACACUGUGGGAAUUCUUGUCAUAAUACACUGUGGGAACUUGUCAAAAUACAAUGUGGGAACUCUGUCAUAAUACACUGUGGGAACUCUGUCAUAAUACACUGUGGGAACUCUGUCAUAAUACACUGUGGGAACUCUGUCAUAAUACACUGUGGGAACUUGUCAAAAUACACUGUGGGAACUCUGUCAUAAUACACUGUGGGAACUCUGUCAUAAUACACUGUGGGAACUCUGUCAUAAUACACUGUGGGAACUCUGUCAUAAUACACUGUGGGAACUCUGUCAUAAUACACUGUGGGAACUCUGUCAU